CCAUUUGCAACGUUGCAAAUCUAGUUGAAAAACGAAGAAGAAAGGAGUCUUAAAUAUUAUUAGUGUUUUUCAAAAAUACUUGAAGCUAACAUACUUGAGCACAGGGACGUCUUAAAGUCGUCCCUUUUCGCCAGCGGACAAUUCGGGGACAAUGAUGGUAAUGUCUCUGAGUCAUCAAAAAAACAACUAAAAAAGGGCAAAUAAUAUUAUCAGGAAUAAGAUUCAAUUAUAUCAGAACAUUUUGAUUUGGGAUAAAAGUUAUCAUUAUAAUAAAACAUGAUAAAAAUAGCAUUCAUUUGUUUACUCCUCACAAUAGUGAAUAGCGAGGGUCAGGAGUUAAAUAACAAUAAUUUAGAGAAAAUAAGAAUAUCUCUUUCUGAAGCGAAGAAAAUUAUGAAAGAUCAAUUGGUAAAAGAAGAUGCGGCAAUUUUGUUUAGCAACCCAAAAGCUGGGAAAAGUACAUUAGUGAAUUACUUAAUCGGCAGCAAACUAAAAGGUACAAAAAGUCCACUAUCCGAAGAAGAAAUAAUAGUAGUAAAGUCAAACAAUCAAUCAAAAGGACCAGAAAUUGGCAUUGGUUCCUUGUCAAAAACAACAAUUCCCACAAAAUGGAAAUCUACAAUUCUACCCAAUUUGGCCCUCUGGGACACUCCUGCAUUUUUUGACAAUAGAGGAUUAGUACAAGACGUAACUAAUGCCUAUUAUCUCUAUAAAUUAUUGAAAUCUGUAAAAUCACUAAAAAUUAUUUUAGUGGUAGACAUUCAAGAUCUUAACAGGGGAAAUGUUCAAAUGUUUUUAUCACUUCUAAAUGCUAUUGAAGCACUUUUUGGAAAUAACUUUAAAUCAUUUUUUCCAAGUGUAUCAGUGAUUUUCUCAAAAGUACCUGAGACUAUUGAUGAAAUUCCAGUUGAUUUUAAAUACAUUAGCAAUAAAUUAGAAAACGUCUUUUUACACCCUAAACUGAAAUCGUUUAAAAAUUCAAAAAAUUUCAUACAGUACAUUAUAGAUAAUAAUGAUCGCAUUGCUCUUUUUAAAAAAAUGUCAAAAGAAACAAAAGUUUCUUCUGAUAUUGAUGUUAAUAUUCUUUCGGUAAUCAAAAAUUCCAAAAUCAUAGAUGAAAGCUCUCUCAAAGAUACACAUCCCCAUAUUUCUGAUUCUUCUAUGAUUAUGCUGUACGAAGCUACUGAAGAAUUGCUGCCAAUCUCAAAAAUGGAUCAGAUAGAAAAUAUUGCUUCGCAAGCAUUACUCGAAGAUAGAAAUAAUAUUGAAAAUUUAAUCGAUGAAGAAAAUUCAAAUAAAAUAAAAAGCAUUAAAGAUGAAUUAACUAAUAAGAAAAACUCAUUUUCCCAUUCUUUAAUCGGGGAGAAUGAUAUUUACAGAAAAAUGCCAAUUCUAUUAUCGUUUCAUGAUGAUUUGAAAAAACUAAAUGAAGAAGAUAAAAUUUUAGAUAAAAUUGAACUUAUAAAUUAUAUUGAAACAAUAUUGAAUAUAAUUAUAAGUAAAGAUUUAAACUUCAGUUUUGAUACUAUUAUAGUCUCCUUAUAUUUAAAAUUGAAAACGGCUAUAUCUGUAUGUGAAACAGGAUUGAUGAUUUUGUCACCAGAUGAUUUAAUCAGUGAUGUUGAAAGCAGCGAAAAUGUACUAGGUAUGGACUAUGAACCAGUUGGUGAUGAAUCUCUAUUAACGUAUUCUACAAUAGAUCCUUUUUAUGACAGUCUACCAACGGAACCGACUUUCGAUAUUGAGAGGUGGAAUUCAUUUUUAGAUAUUGUAACCAACAUGACAAAGACUGACAUAAAAAAAAAUAUAUUUAAAACCUUUUUCAAAAUAACUAAUACUCUUUUAAAUAAGAAGUUAUCUGAAAGUUUCAAUUAGCGCAUGUGCGUUUAUGCUGUCCUGAUGUCUCUUGUAGAACUUCAAAAAGAAGUAUUUUUUAUAAUUUUAAUUUCAUAUAAUACAUUACUAUACAUAGAGAAAUAUUUGUUUAAUGGCUGAUUCCCCUAUUGAAAAUCCCCAUAUGGGAAACCACAUGGGAAACCACAUGG